ACACUCACACAGCAGGAUUCAUUUCUCACGCAGGAGAUGUGAAGUUUGACAGGAAGUUCUCAACUACAGAGAUGAACAUGCAGAAUCUGACGCAAACACUCGUGAGUGUCAUAACCAGAACACGUGACCUAGAGGAACACGGACAUAAACUGCUUUUGGAAAUCAGCAAUCUGGAGUUUAACCAAGAGACGAUGCAAAGCAUGAUUAAUGAUAUGUCGGAUUCAGCGCAGGCACUCCAUGACACAGUUUCGGGUCUGAAAUGCCAGAUUAACAAGAUAAGGAACAACAACACGCAGGAGCUGUGCUGUCCUGAUGGAUGGAUGCUCUUUUCCUCACACUGUUAUUACUUCUCUGAUGACGGGAUGCCAUGGGACGCGGCCAGAGACGAGUGUAAGAAGAAGAGAUCAGAGUUGCUCAUCUUAAAAAGCAAACAGGAGAAGAGUUUCGUGGUCAGUAAGACCAGGCCUCUGUUCUACUGGCUGGGUUUGACUGACGGCCACACUGGUGAGUGGGAAUGGCUGGAUGGGACGCCGUAUACGAUCAUCAGGAGUGAAUGGAUGCCUGGUCAGCCAGAUGACUGGACGGCUCACGGUUUGGGAGGCGGUGAAGACUGCGCUCACUUUCAUCAUGAUGGACGCUAUAAUGACGACCACUGCUCUCGCCACUACCGCUACGUCUGCAAAGCUCACGCCUCCUCCAUCUGAGACACGAAUGUCCUUCACAGCAUCAACACUUCACAACAAAACUACAUCAAACCAACAAACAAUAUCCGUGUGAAUAUAAACACUAAUAAUGGUUUAAUAAAGGUUUCUGAUUCUUAUAUUUACUGUAUAUAAACAACAAAAAUGAUUCAUGUUUAAUUUUUAUUUUAGUAUAGUUUCUCAUGUUCCUGUCUUACAAAAAAAUGUUGCUCUGGAUGAAGACAACUGCUAAACGAUUAAAUGUAACUCUGUACUUUUGAUUCUACUGCCACGCUUAAAAAUUAACAUUAAUUGAAAGUGUCCACUGAAAGUGUAACUGAAACUGUUCACUGUUUUUACUGUAUUUUUGAUCAAAUAAAUGCAGCCUUUGUGACCA